UAUGCAAAUGUACCUCGAGGUCCCCUCUUCAUGGCAGACAAACGAAGACAAUUUCAAGAUAUUAAAUAAACACUUCAGUCUACUUGAUAAAUAAUCCAAACGAAGACGAAAUCGUCGGGAUGUAUAUAUGUUUGACCGUAUUUUAAAUAUUUGUUUAGGUGACUGAACAUCCGUUGCUUGAACGAGGUAUGUUUCUGUCAGGAAGUUAUCAGAAGCCGGUAGUGCUUGGCUAAGCUAGCUUGCUAACAAAUUCGCCGGUGCGGGCGGACCUCUUUGUCUGACAGGGGAAGGGUACGCGUGCUCUUUUGUUUGGCAGUUUUCUUUGUCAAGUCGGGGAAAGGGAACUGUCGCGACAGUGUUUCUCCUUAGUGGCUAUUCACGUUAUUUAAAAAUGCAAAACGUGAAGAAAUACUUCACAGAGGGCCUGAUCCAGUUUACGAUCUUACUCAGUUUAAUCGGAGUUCGCGUGGACGUCGAUAGCUACUUAAACGGUUACUUCUCCCCUCUGUUAGAGAUUAACGUUGGACCAAGCUCAGCUUACAUCCAGACACCCUUUCACAAUUUGAGGGACACCUGGGACGGAUACAGCGUGCACCCCAAAUGUCUCGAGUUGGACUAUUUCUUUACCAGUCGCAGGCUGCUUGACGAGGUGCGAGCUCUCGGCUCACCUCGGUUCCCUACGCAGCUGAAUGCAUGGCUCGUGCACCAAGUGCCUGACAGUUCGGAGUUCCAAGAGCCAUCAAACAACAUAAGUAAUGGCGCUGACAUAAACUCUGGCUUGACUCUGGAGAGUGCGUUGGACAAUGCAAACCACAGUGAUCUUCUGUCCGAAGACGAGAGCUGUUUGGACCGACGAGAGGAGUGCCACACUGCAAUCCAGGAACAGUGUGUGUCUGGGCCUUACAUUGUCACUGGAGCCUGCGAGGCCCAGGACAAGGCUGAUGGAAGUGAUGAAGAAGCAGAAGAGCCUGCACCUGUGACUCAGCUCGUUCUCAGUUCCACACUAGAAGAGCAUCUGCUUGAUGAUCCCCAGCCACCCUCAACGUUGUCUGGUUCUGGAGAUGCCCCUCCUACGACUCUUGACUGGAGCCACUUUCUCUCUACCGAUUUUGAUGAUUUGGAUCCUUUGGUUCCCCAGCGUCUCUCUGACCUAGACACUGAUAUCUCCAGCGCCAUCAGCCAGAAUGUCAGUCUGCGUGAUGCCAUGGUGAGAGGUACUGGACCCUAUGAUGUCGUCCCUCACAGGGAUGAAAGCGGAUCCGUUACCCAGCAAAGGGGACCUUACUUCCGACUGGAGUCUACAAACUCCUCUCACUCGGACUCAUCACCAGGCGUAACAGCAGGGCUAGCCACACUGCCUUUCUCUUCAGUGUGCAACGCAACACGGAAUGUUACGUCCGACAGUGCACUAGGAGGCUGCCUGGAUGAGGCAGUGUUUGAUCAAAUUAACCUGCUGGGGCUGGAGGGGCUGGAUUCCAUUGACCCUCAGCUGCUGGGAAGCCUGGAGGGAAUAGACCCUCGAGUCCUAGAAGACCUGGACUCGGACUCUGGCCUUUCAUUGGAGAACAGCUCUAGAGGCCCCACAUCUCCUGGUACGUCAGAGGUGUCAUCCUCCUCCAGUUCAUUCUGCGAAGAUGAGGGCGGAGCCACAGGCUACAGCAGCGAGGCCGACUCCCUCCCCUCCAAGGGCAUUGCCGACUAUGACACAUGGUCACAGGUCGAUCUGAGCGAGAACGUUUGGCACGACCACAGCUACUCCUCCCCUCCUUAUUUCCAGUCGUCGGUGCCUACGUUCUCCCAUAAAGCCAUCAAAGAGGAGCCUCUAAGCGAAGAAGAGUAUGACAGGGAUGACGAGCAAGAGCUGAGCCGUGAUGAGCUGCGAGCCAGGGCCAUGUGCAUCCCCUUCUCAGCACCGCAGAUUGUCAGUAUGCCCGUGGAGGAGUUCCUGGAGCUUCUGGAGGGGCAAGCUCUCUCGUCUGCACAGAUCACCCUUCUCAGGGAUAUUCGCAGACGCGGAAAGAACAAGCUGGCCGCCCAGAACUGCCGUAAACGUAAGCUGGAUGCCAUCACAGGGCUCCAGGAGGAGGUGGAGAGGUUACAGGCCCAGAGAGACACCCUGCUCAGGGAGAAGCAACACACAGCCAAGGCUCUAGGGGCUACGGGCCAGCGCAUUGAGCAGCUCUCUAGAGAUGUCCUGGCCAGGUUGAGGGAUGACCUGGGACAACCCCUGACCCCUGACAGAUACAGCCUGCAGUGUGGAGCCAGUGGAAGGCUGGUGGUACAGCCAAUAAGAAGACCUGUUGUAACCACAACAACGUCAAGUAAAAGCGAUAAAAGGAAGAAGGAAAAGAAGCCUUGAUGCAGAAUUUGCUUUUGUGACUUAGUUUGUUUCUGUUCUUUUGGAACUAACUGGCUUCAUUCUGGUUAUGAAAUGGUGUCAGCUCCUCUGCUUAUCUGGACUCACCUAUUUUGGGAGCCUAAUCAAAGGUAGAAACGCAAAAACAAAAACAUCCCCACAAACAACUUGUAUGUCAACCCAUCUGUAAAUAAAGAAUGUCAGAAUUUUUCCAGGAAAAACAAUGUAGCACAGACACUGGAUGCUUUUUCCCACUAUAUGAAAGGGGGCUGGGUUGAAUAGCUAUUUAAAGAUGUGUUGAGUGUUCUUGAACUGAAGUGUAAGGUUUGCAGUAUAAUUUGUGUAGAAGUACAACGGUAAGUUGUAGAAGCGUGAAAUAAAUGAAUGAACUGAAAUUAUUUAAGUUCACAUGUAGAAUUGACCAUAUCAGAAUACUGUGGUUGUAUUGACUGCUAUCAAACGUAUCGUCGAGUUCUAAGAGGCCGAUGUUCUAUUGCCCCAAGUUAAAAUGCUCCUCAAUUUUCUUUAAUGGUAGAAUGCCAAUUAUUCUAAGGGCCUUAAUUUAAAUUUGAUAGUUGUGCAUCUGUGAUGCACAGAUGUGAUUGUUUUUGUUAUAUAAGAGCAGUUUUUUUUAUCUGACUAAUAUUGAAUGAAUAAUUGUUAUUUUUGUAUGAUUUCCCCGACUAGUUUAGGCUUUGAGUCAGACUUUUCAUUCUACCUCACAUCUUCCUUUUGGUUGUUUAUGGUCAUUUUUGAGAGAUAAUAUUUUUGGGGUCUUAGCACGGGCAACGGAGAGUAUAGGAACACAAGUGCACUAAGACAACACAAAUGCUUCACCGUUUGUCAUAGUGAAACUCAAAUGGACCUAACAAUAGACAAUACAAUCACCACUCUGGUUCAAAGGAGCACAGUAUGCUUGUAUAAUAAUAAAACAAUUAAAAAAUACAUUUGUGCAAGUUAAAACACAAGUGAUGUAGAUAUUAAAAAUAAAAAAAAUAAUCAGGAACAUAAAGAAUAUUGAUGCAGUUUUAGUUUGUUUUUUAUUAUUUUGGUUUGUUGGAACGUCUUUAAACCUUGUAAAACCUUUCUCAGUUGAAGGGUGUGUUGUUGUUAUUGUUGACCACAUCACAUAAUCUGACUUUUCUUUGCAAAUGUUCAAUCUUUUGGUUUGACCAUAAAAUAUUGUUUUUACUCGUUUUCUUUCAGCCAUUUACCGUUCUUUUGUUACUCAGUUGGGCUUGAUUGCUAUUUGAUGACCGCAUGGUGAAGGAUGUGGAGAAUGUGGGAUCUCUUGAAUAACUAAUGUUGUUCUCUGUGAAAUGGGUCUUAAAUUAGUUCGUUCUGAGCUCAAAUAAAAAGUAAAAACGGA